CAGGAGCAGCAGCACAUUGCGGGCCGGGACAGCGGCUCCGCCGGGGCAGAGCGCGCCCAGCAGCAGCACCAGCGCCCAGGGCUGCAUGGCACCGGCACCGGCAGCGACAGCGGCAGCGGCACCGGCACCGGCAGCGACAGCGGCAGCGGCACCGGCACCGGCAGCGGCACCGGCAGCGACAGGGGCACCGGCAACGGGGCUCAGCAGCUCCUCCGGCCGCCCCGGCUCCUCCUCACCCCGGUCACAUGAGGCGUCCCGGCCGCUCAGAUCCGGCGCGGGCGGAGCCGCGGUCUCUGCGGUCUGUGCUGGGCUGGUACCGGCGGCUCCGGGCAGCCCCGGCCCCGCGGGGCCCCGCUCCUGCCCGGUCCCGCUCCUGCCCGGUCCCGCUCCUGCCCGGCCCCGCUCCUGCCCUGUCCCGCUCCUGCCCGGUCCCGCUCCUGCCCGGCCCCGCUCCUCCCGGUCCCGCUCCUGCCCGGCCCCGCUCCUCCCGGUCCCGGCCAUGCCGGGGUGCCGCUGCCCGCUCCCGGCGCUGCCGCUGCUGCGCUGGCUCCCGCGCUAUUCCCGGGCGUGGCUGCCGCUGGACGCGCUGGCCGGGCUGGCCGUGGGGCUGACCGCCGUGCCGCAGGCGCUGGCCUACGCCGAGCUGGCCGGGCUGCCGCUGCAGUACGGCCUCUAUUCCUCCUUCAUGGGCUGCUUCGUCUACUGCUUCCUGGGCACGGCCAAGGACGUGACGCUGGGUCCCACGGCCAUCAUGUCCCUGCUGGUCUCCUCGUACGCCUUCCACGAGCCCGUCCAUGCCGUUCUCCUCGCCUUCCUCUCCGGCUGCAUCCAGCUGGCCAUGGGGCUCCUGCGCUUCGGAUUCCUUCUGGAUUUCAUUUCCUGCCCUGUCAUUAAAGGGUUCACAUCAGCUGCUUCCAUCACCAUUAGCUUCAACCAAAUCAAGAACAUCCUGGGGCUGCAGGGCAUCCCGAGGCAGUUCUUCCUGCAGGUCUAUGAGACGCUGCGGAGGAUUGGGGAGACCAGGGCUGGGGACGCUGUGCUGGGGCUGACCUGCCUGGCCGCGCUGGCAGGGCUCCGGGCCAUGAAGAGCCGCCUGCCCCCCGCUGCCCCUGCAGACCCCCUGGCUGUCAGGAUCAGCUACCUGAUUGUCUGGAUCUCUGCCACAGGUGUGUCAGCUGUCCCCUGGCCCGGCCCCUCCCGGGGGCUCAUCUCAAGCCCAGGCUGGCAGGAGCCAAGACCUGGAGCACGCAAUGCUCUGGUUGUCCUGUUUGCUGGCCUGGUGGCUUACUCCUUCCAGGUGAUGGGCUCCCAGCCCUUCAGGCUCACGGGCAGCAUCCCCCGGGGCCUCCCGGCGUUCCGGCCGCCGCGCUUCUCCCUGGCAGCGCCCAACGGCACCGUCCCCUUCCAGAGCAUGGUGCAGGACAUGGGGGCCGGGCUGGCCGUGGUGCCGCUCAUGGGCCUGCUGGAGACCAUCGCCAUCGCCAAGGCUUUCGCCUCACAGAAUGGUUACAGGAUUGACCCCGACCAGGAGCUGCUGGCUCUGGGUGUCGCCAAUGUCCUGGGCUCCUUCGUCUCCUCGUACCCCAUCACGGGCAGCUUUGGCCGGGCUGGACCUUUUGCCCCUCUGUGUGACAUUCCUGCUCUGCUUCUGGGAGAUUCAGUACGGAAUCGUGGCGGGGGUGCUGCUUUCUGGGAUCCUCCUGCUCUACUCCAUUGCCAGGCCCCCAAUAAAGGUGUCGGAGGGGGCGGUGCUGCUGGUGCAGCCGGGGAGCGGCCUGCACUUCCCCGCCGUGGAGCACCUGCGGGACUCGGUGUGCAGCCGUGCUCUGGCAGCAGCAUCUCCACCACGCUGCGUCAUCCUGGACUGCUGCCACAUCAGCAGCAUCGAUUACACGGCGGUGGUGGGGCUGGCAGAGCUGCUGCAGGAGCUGCGCGGGCACGGCCUCUCGCUGGCCUUCUGUGGCCUGAAGGACCCUGUUCUCCAAGUCCUGCUGUCUGCAGACUUAGAAGGAUUCCAGCAUUUCCCCAGCUGGGAGGAGGCAGCGCGGUGCAGGGGAGCGGAGCCCUUCACCAGCACUGCCGACAGCUCGGGGCUCAUCCAGUGAGAAGAGUUUGGGUUGAACGUCCUGUGACACCCCAGGGACCCCAGCACACUGCGUGGGAGCCUCCUGCCGCAGCCAGGCCUGUGGGGAUGGACUGUCCCCAUGUCCCACACCGAGAUGGACAGAGCGGCACCAGCCCAGCCCCACACGGGCUGUGGGACAAAACUGUUCCAUGCCACAGUGACCAGUGCAAAGCCAUUCUUCCUCCAUGGCUGCUGCCAUUUUUAAACAGCUGUUUGAAUUCUGGACCCUUUUCAUGUCCUGGGCCACUCCAGUGGUGACGCAGGGUGUGCUCCUGUCAGAGCUGUUCCAGGGCUGCUGUGCUGCCCUCCAGGCAGGCAGGGGGGCUCAGCCUUCAGCUGCUGGGAGAGGAAAACCUCUGGGACUGUGCUCCUUACUGAUUUUUAUCCUUACUCAUCUUUUUUAUUCUUAUCUUUUCUGUGGGGUGUUGUGCCAAACACGGCCCUGGGUCAGGGCUGGGCUGUCCCCCUGGGGUGCAGCCCCUGGCCUGGGCCGUGCCGAGGGGACAGGCACGGUGACACCAGGCUGUGCCCAGCUGUGUGACAGGGACAGCACCUGGUGGGGCUGGGCAGGGUCGGGAGUUCAGUUUCCCUGAGCAGCCCUCGGCCACAGCGAGGGUGUAAUAAAUCAGAAAUCGCUAAUGAGUCAGUGUGAUCU